GAAAUGAAAAGAAAGUUGAUUACAAAAACCACAGCGCCGCCUGUAAAAGUUGUUGAACACGGAUAUGAAUAUUACACGAGAUCAUGUUUGCAUGGCAGUAUAUAUUGCCGACGAAAAUUGGGAUAUCGCUCGUCUGAAGAAGUUAUAUUGGAUUCAAAAAUAUUUUCGGGAACGAAUAAGCAAGUUAAAUAUGUUUUGUUAUCGACAGAUCACAAUUUACUUGCUUAUUUGGUUGAGCAGGAAGGCGAAGAAGUCGGGACUUUAUAUUUCAAAGAUUUGUCCCGGAACUUGAAUUUCCAGAAAGAGGAAUUGGAUAAAGUAUUUAAUUUUGUUUGGGGAACCAACACUCAAACAAUUUACUACACCGUGGUCGACGAACAGCUCAGACCAUAUAAGGUUCUUGCACAUAAAAUUG